AUGACUGUAGACAUUACACUUAUCAAAACGAAGUUUCAAGAGGUUAUGAGCCCUGAAAGCGCUUUUUGGGCAACCAAUUCAUUUAACGAUGAUGAUAAGCUUAUGUCAGCGGUAAAUUUUAUGCGUUGGAAAGCAAAAUUCACGAAUACCUUAAAUUCAUUUGAACCAUCAGUUGUUGACUAUAUUAAAACUGGUAAUAUACCUUUUUCGCUCAAAGAAUGUGGAGGUAAUGAACAAGUUAUUGAAAUUCAAACUGCUUAUGACCAACUCCUGUUAUUCUGGGUACGUACCUCAGUGUCACAGCCAGUAAAGAAUCGGAUAAAUCAGGAUCAAACUGGUUAUCAAAUAUAUCAUCUUCUGAUCAAAUGUUAUGGACAAAUAUCCUUUAGACAGUUGUACGAAGAAUACUGUUCAAUUAACUCGUCAAAUGGACAAGGGCCUAUGGAAUGGGGAGCAAAAUGUGUCAAUCUACUUCAAUGGAAUCAAGACCCAGCAGUAUGGUUAAUCUUCUCCAAACUUAGUUCUCUGCAGAAUGAGAAACUAGAACAUGAUCUAUUUGCUGACUGCGGAAAUGAACUAACUAUUCAAAGAGCUGUCACAGCAAUGCAAUUAUGUGAACAUGAAACCAAGUCUGGAUUCCUGGCUACUAAACGUUCUAUCCAAACGACGAAGAAGAAGAAUAUUAUUUGUGCAAGAUGUCAGAAAGCUGGCCACAAAUCUCCAAACUCAUCUGGUGUGCAGGUGAACGGAAAAGGAACUGUUGUCCUAUCUAAAAGACACAAGACAGUGACACUCAAAGAUGUUCUUUAUGCUCCACAAUGUCCAUCCAACCUGAUUGCUAUUAACAAAGCUGUGCUUGCUGGUAAGGAGAUUAAAAUUAGUAACAAGAAACUAUGGUGUGGUAAAGAUUUAUUAGGAACUUACCACCAUCAGAACAAACUGUUCAAAUCUACAUACAAAGUGAUGUCUUCCUCUUCUUAUUCAAAGGCAUAUAAAGCCUCAGUAUCAGAUCUUCAUAUUGUAAUGGGACAUCCACCGAAGUCCAUCUCUGCAAGACUUCAAAUCCCAAAUCCUCCUCAUCCGUGCCAAGAUUUUGUUGCUGGAAGGUUUGUUAAAUCCAAACCAAAGAUCUCAUCUACGUCUGUGUCGAGACCUCUCGAACUCUUACAUGCUGAUAUCUGUGGACCUUUUCCCCACACAGGAAUAAAUGGUGAGAAAUACUUCCUGGUUAUUGUUGACCGAUUUACACAUAUCACCUCAUCCUAUUGCUUAAAGGUCAAAUCAGAAGCCACAGAUCUUAUUCAGCAAUUUAUAACAAACCUGAGACACAAUUGUCACUCCAUAAUUACAAAGUUACUACCUUGCCGUAUGAACCGAGUCAUCACUUCAAGAGCCCGCAUACUUCUUUCAAGCUCAGGAUGUCCUGAAUCCUAUUGGCCCUUUGCUGUUCAAAUGGCCACAUAUCUUGUCAACAGAGAACCCAGUAGGGCUAUCCAAUUUGAGAUACCAUAUUCGCGUUGGUUCCAUAAAUCUCCUGAUUAUUCUCGGUAUCAUCCAUUUGGAUGUAAAGCAUAUUCACUUGUUGAUUCUCAUGAGCGUCCAUCAAAGUUUUCUUUUGUUAUCUCGCCACUAAUCUUUGUUGGAUAUAGUAAACGCCGGACAGCGUUCCAGCUCAUUGAUCCUCAUACUUUGAAAUUGAAAGAGACUGAUCAAGUGCGUUUUGAUGAUACUUGUUUCCCAUUCAAACAAGAUACAUCCUUAGAUUUUAAGCCUCAGUCCUCUCAUGUCCCAAUCAUGGUUCCUCCUACCUACGGUCCAAUUACAGAUUCCCACCUGCUUACGACCUCUAUUAUUCCCAAGGAACCAGUACCUUGUUUGCGAUCUCCUUCGCCUUCUGGCUCUGACUCGGCGCCAGUGGAUCUUCCCUCUACUACAUCCGAUUUACAUAAUGCAUCGGCUGCUCCUCCUCUGGAACCUAUGUUGGUUACUAUUCCGACGACUAUUCAAGCUCCGCCUCGCCUGUCCCCGAACAUCUAG